CAUGUGAGUUCAGUGCUAAUUUUAACGACGUCGCGGCGUAAACGUUUUUUUAGUUUUUCUUUUGCGGUUUUUUGAUUUGCGUCAAAGUUGAAUUAAAUAGAAAACAGUUUUCAGUGCCGUUUUUAUGACAUUUGUAAAUGUAAAUCCAGCUACACACAUAACAGCCCUGUGUAAUUGCAACUGCAAGAGAGACAGGAGCGUUAAAAUGGGUCGUUGGGGUCGCCAAAGUCCAGUCCUGGAUCCACCUGAUCCACAGCCGCCACCUCCCAUACCACCUCGUACAUUCAUGCGACAAUCGAGCAUUACAAAAAUUGGCAAUAUGCUCAACACGGCUAUCAACAUAAACGGUGCUAAGAAACCGCAAAGUAAUGGAGAGGCCUCUUGGUGCUUCUCACAGAUCAAGGGCGCUUUAGACGAUGAUGUCACCGAUGCGGAUAUCAUAUCCUGCGUGGAGUUCAAUCAUGAUGGAGAACUCCUGGCCACCGGCGAUAAAGGCGGCCGUGUCGUUAUCUUUCAGCGUGAUCCCGCCUCUAAGACCGCAAAUCCGAGACGCGGUGAAUACAAUGUCUAUUCGACAUUCCAAUCGCAUGAGCCCGAAUUCGAUUAUCUCAAAUCGCUGGAAAUCGAGGAGAAAAUCAAUAAGAUCCGAUGGCUGCAUCAAAAGAACCCUGUACACUUUCUCCUCUCCACCAACGACAAAACCGUGAAAUUGUGGAAGGUCAGUGAGCGUGACAAGUCAUUUGAGGGCUACAAUACAAAGGAGGAGAACGGCUUAAUACGGGAUCCACAAAAUGUGACCGCCUUACGAGUUCCUUCAGUGAAACAAGUGCCGCUUAUGGUGGAGGCCUCACCACGUCGCACCUUCGCCAAUGCACACACCUAUCACAUCAAUUCAAUUAGCGUUAAUUCGGAUCAAGAGACUUUUUUAUCGGCCGACGAUUUGCGCAUCAAUCUCUGGCAUCUGGAGGUGGUCAAUCAAAGUUACAAUAUUGUUGACAUUAAGCCAACCAAUAUGGAGGAAUUAACGGAAGUGAUUACCGCCGCCGAAUUCCAUCCAACCGAAUGCAAUGUAUUUGUUUACUCCAGCUCCAAGGGAACAAUACGAUUAUGUGAUAUGCGCUCAGCGGCACUUUGUGAUCGUCAUAGCAAGCAAUUUGAAGAGCCCGAGAAUCCAACGAAUCGCAGCUUCUUCAGUGAGAUAAUCAGCUCGAUCAGUGAUGUCAAACUGAGCAAUUCGGGCCGCUACAUGAUCUCCAGGGACUAUUUAAGCAUCAAAGUCUGGGACUUACACAUGGAGACAAAGCCAAUUGAGACCUAUCCGGUUCACGAAUACCUACGUGCCAAGUUGUGCUCGCUGUAUGAGAACGACUGCAUCUUUGACAAGUUCGAGUGCUGUUGGAAUGGCAAGGAUAGCUCCAUAAUGACCGGCAGCUAUAAUAACUUUUUCCGAGUUUUUGAUCGCAAUUCGAAAAAGGAUGUGACACUGGAAGCAUCCAGGGAUAUUAUCAAACCGAAGACGGUGCUAAAACCUCGAAAAGUUUGCACUGGCGGCAAACGAAAGAAGGACGAGAUCAGUGUGGAUUGUCUGGAUUUCAAUAAGAAAAUCCUGCACACUGCUUGGCAUCCCGAGGAGAAUAUUAUUGCUGUGGCCGCGACAAAUAACCUGUUUAUAUUUCAGGAUAAAUUUUAGCUAAAACUUCAAGUGCUAGAAUUGUACACAAUCACGCCCAUUAAAAAACAACAACAAAAGUCGGCUCAUUUCAAUGAUAAUUCGAUUGAUUUGUUUCCUAAAAUUUCACAUCAAUUGUUUGCUUAACAUUUAAUUAUCCAAGAUCCUUCCUAAAACACACACACACACACACAAAAAUGCCAUAGCAGAAAGCUUUGUAACAUUUUUCCUUAGUGAUAAACAUAAA